AUGGAAGACUCACAGGACAUCGGUCUGCCGUUGAAUGGCCUUCCGGAUGAAGCGCGCAAAGAUAGCGUCUCUGAGGCCUCACAACAUUCCCAAACGGCCUCCGAUUUCAUUGACAGCCAGCUUCAACUCGAAGCCGACGCGCGCGAAGCCUUGCCAUACAAAUUUGAGCACUGCACGCAGCCUUUAGGUCCUCUCCGCCAGAAUUUGUUCUCCUGCUUGACUUGCAAUCCAAGCCCUGCCUCGCCUUCCGAUCCUUUCACUCCAGCAGCGGUCUGCUAUUCCUGCUCUAUCGCAUGUCACGGCGAGCAUACAUUGGUCGAGCUCUUCAAUCGGCGCAACUUCACCUGCGACUGUGGCACUACGAGACUACCAUCAACCUCACCUUGCACGCUUCGCAUAGAUCCGACGACAGGGAUGAAAGGCCCAAUCCAUUCGCAGACCCCGGCUGAAGGAAAUACCUACAAUCAAAACUCACAGAAUCGGUUCUGCGGAUGUGGGGAAUUUUACAAUGCGGAAGAAGAAAAGGGGACUAUGUACCAGUGUCUGGGUCUUACGAGCGAAAAGGACCGUGGUUGUGGAGAAGAUUGGUGGCAUCCAGAAUGUGUGGUGGGCCUUGGGAGAAAUUGGACCAAAGCUCAGGCACAGAUCAAGCAAGAAAGGAAUGCAGUCAUUAAUGGCGCCGAUGAUGCAGAUGCAGACCACCCACUACCGCCAGGAUUCCCUGAUGAAAAUAGCUUCGAUACCUUCAUUUGUCACAAAUGCGUGGAUGUCAAUCCUUGGAUUAAGCAGUAUGCAGGAACCGCUGGUUUCUUACCUCCGGUCUAUCUAUCAGAAAGUGACGGCACCGCAAAGAGAUCCCGCGAGCAAGAUGAAGAAGCCCAAAGACGCCUUGCUGAAUACAGCGCCGCCCAAGCUGAGGUUACUGAGGAGCUGAGAGAAGCGAAGCCGACAAGCAACGGGACCAAUGGGAACGACAUGCUCGAAGACGACGCGCCAAAGCAAGAGGCAUUCCUUCAACCUGUUGCGAGUAGUGAUGCCAACAGCAAGAAGCGCAAAGCCGACGAUGCCACGCUUGACUCAUCCGAGUCUUCCGACUCGAAGAAGAACAAAACCAUUUCAAGAUACCAUGAUUAUCUUCCGGAGCUUCCCACAGGGUCUUUCUCGAUGUUUUUGAAAGAGGACUUCCGAGAACGUUUCUGUCGGUGUCCAAGCUGCUAUCCUAAGCUCAGCAAGUACCCCCAACUGCUUGAAGAAGAAGAAUCUUACGAGCCUCCAAUAUCUGAAAGCGGAGAAGAAGGUGGGCAGAGUGUGGGCACCGCAAGUCUACUUGAUAGGGGCGAGGCGGCCCUGAGCAAUGUGGAUCGGGUCAGAGCCAUUGAGGGUGUCAUGGUCUAUAACCACCUUAAGGACAAGGUCAAGAGCUUUUUACAACCCUUCGCCGAAAGCGGACAAGCUGUGGGCGCAGAAGACAUCAAAGCAUAUUUCGAAAAGUUGAGAGGUGAUGAGCAGGGAAUCCAAGCCGCAGCGGUGUCUAGAGGCAAUGGUGGCGGAGACAGAGGAGACAACAGAAGAGAGCAGAGUGGCUAUUAG